AAGCCCGGGCGGGAAGGAGGGACAACCGCACACCAACUGCACCUCGACUGCGGGGCACAAAGUCACGUCCGACGUUUACUUCGACUCACACCCCGAAGCCUUUCUUCUCCUUCUCCCCCCUCAACAGAUAACGUCGCUCCUCUGCUUCUCGAUUCUUUAAAGGCGCGCAAGCCACUGUUCGGUUGCCUUGAAUCUACUUAUCAUCCUCUAUUACUUUUCUGUCAAUUACCUUUCGACCAACACGCGAAUCUUACCAAAAUGGAGGGCGCCGCCGAACAGUCCAAGAGCGCCUUGAAGAAGGCCGAGAAGCAGGCUCGUCUUGCUGCUGAGAAGGCUGCCAAGGCUGCCAAGCAGACCAAUCUUCCCGUCGUCGGUGGAAAGAAGGCGGACGACAUCAUUGGAAUUACAGUGUCCAAGGCCGAGAACUUCCCCCAAUGGUACCAGGAGGUCGUCCUCAAGGCCGAGAUGGUCGAGUACUACACCGAGAUUUCGGGUUUCUUCGUUCUCCGACCUCUUGCCAUGCACAUCUGGAACGAGAUCCGAAAAUGGUUCCAGGCUCACAUCGAGGAGAUGGGCGUUGACGAGACCAACUUCCCCAUGUUCCUGUCUUCCAAGUCUCUCGAGAAGGAGAAGGAUCACGUCGAGGGCUUCGCCCCCGAGCUUGCUUGGGUCACCAAGGCUGGUGACAAGGACCUCGAGGUUCCUGUUGCGGUCCGUCCUACCUCCGAAGCCGUCAUGUACCCCUACUAUUCCAAGUGGAUUCGCAGCCACAGAGAUCUCCCCUUCCGCCUCAACCAAUGGAACUCUGUCGUUCGAUGGGAGGCUAAGCAAACAACUCCUUUCCUCCGAACUCGUGAGUUCCUCUGGCAGGAGGGCCACACUGCUCACUUGACUGAGGAGCUUGCUGGUGCCGAGGUACUCGAGAUUCUUGAGCUUUACGCUGGUGUUUACGAGAAGCUUCUGGCUGUCCCCGUCGUUCGAGGCCGAAAGACCGAGAAUGAGAAGUUCGCCGGUGGUUAUUACACCACCACUGUCGAGGGCUACAUCCCUUCCAACGGCCGUGGCAUCCAGGGCGCCACCUCUCACGCCCUUGGCCAGAACUUCAGUAAGAUGUUCGACAUCACUGUUGAGGACCCUGCCAACAAGGGCUCUCACAUCCACGUCUGGCAGAACUCUUGGGGUCUCUCAACCCGCGUCAUUGGUGUCAUGGUCAUGAUCCACGGUGACGAUAAGGGUCUGGUUCUUCCUCCCCGCGUUGCCAAGACUCAGGUUGUCAUCGUCCCUGUUGGCAUCACCAAGAAGACUACCCCUGAGGAGCGACAGAAGCACGAGGAGCAGGUUGAGGACAUCCGAGCCAACCUGAAGAAGGCUGGCGUUCGUGUCACCUCUGAUUGGCGAGAGGGUUACACUCCUGCCUGGAAGUUCAACGACUGGGAGCUCAAGGGUGUUCCUCUGCGUAUCGAGUUCGGUCCCAAGGAUGCUGCCAAGGGCGUUGUCAGCACCGCGCGACGUGACACCGGUGAGAAGGGAGAAAUUGCCAUCACCGAUGUGGCCACCAAGAUCCCUGAGCUUCUCGAGACCAUCCAAGCCGACAUGUACAGCAAGGCUGAGAAGUCUUUCCGAGAGCACCGACUCACUAUUACCAAGUGGGAGGAUGUUCUCCCCGCUCUCGACGACAAGAACGUUGUGCUCAUCCCCUUCUGCGGUGCCCCCAAGUGUGAGGACCGCAUCAAGGAGCUCACCACUCGCGAGGACCAGCCUGAUGUCCCCGAGAACCAGAAGCUUGCCACUAUGGGCAUGAAGAGUCUGUGUGUUCCCUUUGAGCAGCCCGAGGGUAUUGUCCCUGGGGAGACCAAGUGUCUCAACCCUGAGUGCCAGGUUAACGCCGACAAGUGGACCAUGUUCGGACGAAGCUAUUAAGGAGUUGAAUGAAAUUUUAUAGUCAGGGAGCGGGAAGGCGUUGACCUGGCAUGUUUAUGAUACACCAGUGCGAUUGUUUAUGACUUGAUGUGAUUGUGAUUAUAUCAUGAAAAUGGGAAGGGGGCUGGUCACGGAAUCAAACAGUUAGAAAAGAAGAUAGAUCGUAGCGAGGAUAUUUUAUCGACAUCUCGUUGGUCUAAAUACGGCUUUCUAUCGAGUUACUGCUUGCUUUUGUGCUGUUCGAGCCGGGAUAUAUCAGUAUUUAACACCAAGCAAACCUCUCGUUAGCAAUCCAGUCAACUUCCUGAUCAGAACCAUUGAACCAGUUUAGACUGGCAAUGUUGCUGUUUUCUCGGACGAUGAAUUUGGCACCAAGGGAUUGGAUGCCUUCUGUGACACUUCGCACCCGAUCGUCGGGGUUCCAAACUUCAACCUUGGAGCAUUUCCAUUCCUUGGCUUCCUUCUGGACGAAACUUGCAAUGGCGUGGAUGCCUUUGGCAAGUGUCUCAUCUGAGAUACUCUCGUCUUCGAUGACCAAGCGCAAUACGCGAAUGACAUUCUUUUCGGGUUGGUCAAGCAUGCCGUAGAAGCUGCAAGUCCAGAGAGCCCAGAUCCUUGAGUUGGGGGCGUCAGAUGGAGUGUAUACGGCACCGUGGACAGUUGGUGUGCGGGAGAAGAUGUGUUUGCACAUAAAGUUCUCCCGGUGAAUAUGCCAUUUGAGAGUGGUGAUAUCAGGAAUGACUGCAGCGCUGACUUGAGAGGCUUUUGAGAUCCUGUCUCGAAGAAGUUGUUCAUCUCGAGCUGCCAGGUCUGGAAUAUCGUCAAUGGUGAUAGGCUUCAGGGAUGAAUCGGCAGUUGGCUCAGUCUCAGUAACGGGAAACUCGAGAUAUGUGCUCUUGAAAGGCUCCCAUCCCACGGUCUGGUAGAACUUGGGUCCGACAUCAGACCAAAGGACCGAGAAAUCAGCAGCGCCUUCAUUCUUUUGCUGUCUGCUUUUCAGCUCAUCAGCAAUUAGGGACAGCAUCUUUCUGGCAUAUCCCUUUCCUCGAUAUUCAGGAAAAGUGAAGACACUGGCCACACCGUGAGCAGUUCCAUCUCUUGCUUUUCCAUCCUUGGUUCGGACAAAGGCUCUUUUGUUGUAGGUCUCACAAGAUGAGAGGAGGGGUCUUUCACCGGGCUUUUUAUCUCCGUCAGUGAGGAUCCAGCUAGUUACGCCGCCAUCUCGAGCUAGAGGGGCCUCUAGAUUAUCGUAUUCUCUGGCGACAUAGUCAUCCAUGGACAAAGCGGCUCCCCAAUGGGGUUGAGUACCCUUCCA